AUGUUGUUCUAUACAUAUAGAGGAACAAUAUUUGUGAAGAACUCGAAUCCAUUUGAGACUGGACGAUUUGGCAUGGCGGACCAUGCGAACAGCUGGAGCGACCUGGCGCAUCCCCCUGGGCCUCGCAUACGGAGCAAGCCUCAUGCGACAUGCGCCUGGCUGGAAGCGCGAGCUAGGCCGCGCGUGUUCUGCUCCAGCUACUCAACGACCAUGUCUUCUGAAGGAAGGAGCCGAUCACCAAGGUCGCAAGUGCCUUUGUACCUGUGGGGUGACUCCCAAGUUCCCAAAGAGAGCUUCGUGGCCAAUUUGCACCGUGUCACCACUGAGGCCCAGUUCAAAACGUGGUGUGCACUUUUCGACUCAUCCAUUCCGAAGGAUGUGCAUGUCAAGUUGGCAAAGCCCUUGGAUGUGCUCUGCACCAUGGAGUGUGCCCUGAGCCAGUGUACUCUGAACGUUUAUCGAGUGGUCAUCUACUUUGAAAAUUUGAGCCGCUUCUUCAAGCUAGAUCUAACCGUGCGGGAAUUCUUCUACUUCUUAGAGGUGAGGUGCUUUGAGAAGUAUGCCCAAGUUCGCGCACGCAAAGCCAAGUUGUUUGAUAGUAUGAGUCAAGGUGAUCAUGUAGCAAGGACAUGCUGGAAGUUAGUGGCAUAUGGGAAGGGGAGGUUGGCGACGGUCCUCUCGUUCCUCUCACCUACUGUGAUGAGAAUGCCAUCCAAAAGAAGCUAUUUCUUGAGCAUACUCCGUGGAGACUUGGCGUAUGGUAAGCCAGAAAUAGCCGAUGCUAAGAGCCUUCUGAGCAAGCGAUCUGCCCCCAGCGUGAUUUCCACAUUCGUCGUCAUGUAUUUUGCAAAGAAUCUUGAGCAUUUGCGGGAAAGCAUGUUGCCUUUCAUGUAG